UUCCGGUGCUGCCGCGUCCAGUGCUGCGAGCAGAAGCUGCGUGUGCCUCGACAUGGCGGGUACCCUGAGCCUGUGGCUGGGCGGGCGUGUCCGCGCUGCCGUCUCUCGCUGUGGGUUCGCGACCCGGGGCGUGGCGGGCCCGGGCCCGGUGGGCCGCGAGCCGGACCCCGAUUCCGACUGGGAGCCUGAAGAGCGGGAGCUGCAGGAGCUGGAGAGCACCCUGAAACGACAGAAAAAAGCAAUCCGAUUCCAGAAGAUUCGGAGGCAAAUGGAGGCGCCUGGUGCCCCGCCCAGAACCCUGACGUGGGAGUCCAUGGAGCAGAUCCGGUAUCUGCAUAAGGAGUUUGCAGAGACCUGGUCAGUUCCCAGGUUGGCUGAAGGCUUUGAUGUCAGCACUGAUGUGAUCCGAAGGGUUUUAAAAAGCAAAUUUGUACCCUCCUUGGAACAGAAACUGAAGCAGGAUCAGAAAGUCCUUGAGCGAGUUGGGCUCGCCCACGCACCGCCGCGGCUCCCUGCAGGCCACUCUGUGUCAGGGGCUUUGCUGGUGCCAGGAGAUGAAGCCUCAUCCAAAGGUCAGAGUCCCAGCACAGCUCUGAGAGCAGUCGCAAACACGCCUGGUGCAGGUUCACCAAGGAGACAAAAAGGAAGGAAUCCAGGACCCCAGGGCCCGCAGGAGGAGGGCUUGGUGCCUGAAGCUGCAGCCUGGGCUCGGCAGAGGGAGCUUCCGAAGUCCCCCACUCGGGACUGCACGCGGCCCAGAAGAAAGGGGAGCCAGCCGUCGAGUGACGGGAAGCUGGAAGACUUGAAGGCGGGGGGAGCUGGUGCCCAGAACUUCAGCAGCAAAGUAGUGCAGAGGGGGCGGGAGUUCUUUGACAGCAAUGGGAACUUCCUGUACAGAAUCUGAGCGGGGUCUGCCUUGUGAAGCACAGGUGGGCCGGUGUUUUCAGAACUGCCUGGCUUUCUGCGUGUGGGUCAGCACCUUGCGAUGGAGGAAGUGGGCGGUGGAAGCCGCAGCUGCCUGGGUAGAGGGAAGCUGUCCGGAGCACUGCGCCGUCCGCCCCCUGUGAAUCUCCAUGCUCGCCCUUCUUGCCCGGGCUCUGUGUUGCAAGCCAGUGUUGCAUGUGUUAGGAGCUUCUGUGAUUCUUGUGCAAUAUACAUUAGGGAGGAGGUGAAAAGUUUGCCUUCUGACCUCAUUUCCUUGUCGAUGAGUGAACACUAGCAGUUCUGGAACUGCCCGGUCAAUUGGUUAUUUCCUUACGUGUAGAAAAAUAAAGUGAAAACGUAGCAGUC